AUGUCGGAUUUAGACCAUUUGAACUGGUUACCCGUGUCGCUAAUUUCUGUCUCCCUGCCUUCCUUUUUCUUGGUUGGCAUUCAGGCUCGAGACCAGGCGAACACACUCUUGACGGAAUUGGAAUCGCUUAAACAACAGCUGAACAAUGCGCGACAGGAGAAACAUCGCACAACGGUUGAGAACGGGGAACCGCAAUCAGAGACUCAGGGUAGUACUGCCACCACCGUAACGACCGAUCUGGAAGCAAGUGAGGCUGACACAAGCGAGACCGCGGGUAAAGCUGUGUCAAACGGGAAUCGGGACAGUGCGUUGGAAGAGCUCCGAUCAAAACUUAGCCAAGCGGAGGAACGAAUUCACGAGAUGGAGGCCAAUAUGAGUGAAACUCAGGCAGAACUACAGCGAGCCCGACAACGUGAACGCCUGAACGAAGACCAUAGCUCCCGGUUGACUGCCACGGUUGACAAAUUAUUGCUCGAAUCGAAUGAACGAUUGCAAACACAUUUACGCGAGAAAAUGGCCUCACUGGAAGAAAAAAAUCAACUGAACACCGAGUUGGAUCGUCUUCGUCGAGUACUAGAGACAUGCCAGUCGGAACGCGAUCGAGCGGUGUCCGACGUGGAACGCCUGCGUCGUCAGAUGCUUGCCUCUACUCCGACUUCCUCGUACCAGGGUAAGCAUCGAUGUUGUGGAUUACUGUUAUACUAG